AUUCCAAAAUGGCUGAAUGUUAGUAUUCGAGGUUGUAGGAUGGCAUUUUUUAUACUUUUUUAAUAAGAAUCUAAAUUAAAAUACUACCGUCUGGUAACAAACAAAAAUUAAGAGCAGUGAAAUGCAAUAGAUAACAAUACUGAAAAACGUACUAAGAAAAUAUAGAAUAAUGCCUGUCCUAAGCCCCCAUCGUAGUUCAUCUUCCGGUCUGAGUGGUUCAUACAGAUCCACGUUCAGUUCAUCAGCACUAGAUAGACCAUUUUAUUCAUCGGCAUCCUACAGUCCAAGAUUCAACACCUACAGCGAGAGAUAUACAAGUAGGACGUUCACAGAUUCGGAUGGCCGCAGAAUAUACACAAGAUCUGGCUCUAUUACCGAAGAUGGGGUAACAACAAGAUUCCGGGAGGAAUCUCGGGAACCCAGCCUCAAACGUGAUUCCAUUUCCCGGGAUUCGGGAAUAAGUUCGAUCAGAGAAAAUUCGAUUUCCGAUUAUCCACGAAGAGAGAGUUCCUUAACUCGAAGUGACCGAUUGUCGCACGUCAACGUCAUCGAUUCUGUGGCCGAACUAAGAAAUAAGUACUCACCAGCCAAUUACGUGCCUGCUUGCAUGAGAAAAAAUGAAAAUUUAUCAAGGUCUAAGUCUAACAAUGAUAUAGGUUUGCCUCCUCUAGAAGUGAAAUCGACAAAGAAAAAGUCUAAUUCAAAAUUGGAAGUAAAUGAAGAUUCGGAUUUGAAAAAUGGGACAGACGUCGAGAGGGAGGAGGUGAGUGAAGAAGCAACCGGUAACCAUUCCCUCUCGAAGAACGGCUCAAGAGUAAAUAAUUUUUCAUCUUACAUUUCUAUUUCGACCAAGGACUUUCAGAGGGGGGAUGAAAAUCAAUCAGAUCAGAAAAAUGAAAUGGAUACUAAAGAAUAUAUCGGAAAAAUAAUACAGACUACAGAUCUGUCGACAUCUCCAAAAGUUACAAGAACAGCAAUCUCUCCAUCCAAUUCCAUAGCGAAUAGCCUUAACUCGAAUUCCUUAUCACGCCGUUCAAGCGAAAGAGAGAACCACCGUAUCCGAGAUUAUUCGGAUGAUGAUAGUAGUGGUGAACGGGUUCUUAACAGUUACGCCACCAUCAGACCUUCAGAGUGUACCUCCCAAAAAUGCUUGGGCCUCAACGGGCUCAAAAACAUCGGAAAUACGUGUUUUAUGAAUAGUGUAAUCCAAUGUCUGUCGAACACCAGGUGGUUGUUGGAGUAUUUAAAGAAAGACGGGUACAUGAAGGACAUUAACACGAGCAUAUCUAGCAUGAAAGGAGCUCUCAUAAAAGCAUUUGCAGAGGUGAUUAAGGAAUUGUGGUCAGAAGAUGCAUCCGAUCGAGUAGUCAACACCGCUUCAUUGAAGGGACAAAUACAACGAUUUGCUCCUCGAUUUAUGGGUUAUGCGCAACAGGAUGCGCAGGAGUUUUUACGCUACUUAUUGGAGGGUCUGCACGAGGAUGUGAAUAGAGUUCAAGAGAAACCAAAGCCUAUAUUAACAGAAAUCGAUGAAAAAUUAAGUGAUAAUGAAAAAGCGCAAGAAUCGUGGACAAGAUAUUUAAGAAUGGAUAACUCGAGAAUAGUAGAUCAUUUUGUAGGUCAGCUUAAGUCAACACUGAAAUGCACACACUGCGGACACUGUUCAGUAACUUUUGAUCCAUUUUGGGAUCUCUCUCUUCCUAUACCACAGCGAACGGGCCAGUUGCGAUUGUCCCAAUGUCUUGAUUCGUUCACUCGAGAAGAAACUUUGGAUGGUGAUGAAAAACCGACGUGUUCAAAAUGUAAAGAAAGACGACGCUGCACUAAAUCCUUCUCCAUACACAAAUUUCCAAAAAUAUUGGUCAUUCACCUGAAAAGGUUCUCUCCCACAGAGAGAUUUAGAGGCAAAUUAAAUGUAACAGUAGAUUUUCCAAUGGAGGGACUAGACAUGAGUCAAUAUGCAGCAGAUAACGUUUCUCCUUGUAGGUACAAUUUAUAUGCGAUAUCGAAUCACAGCGGCACCACCUAUAGCGGGCACUACACAGCCUAUUGCCGACAUCCCUACACGGGACACUGGCACGAAUACAAUGACUCGAGGGUGUCUUCAAUAUCUUCGAAAUCACUAGUUAGUGGGGAAGCUUACGUCCUCUUCUAUGAGCAGGAGGGUGCAAAAUCCCACCUUUAAGUCAAUAACGUUUUAGUUUUAUAAUGAAAUAUUUUUAAACCAAUGCUUUAUUUGGUUUUGCAAAAUUUAUUUAUAUACACUCAAAUAGAUUUAUUUAUAUUUCUCCUUGUAUAUUUUAUGUAUUUAAAAUUUUGUUUUAUAUAAAUUGUACUAUGUUGUCCGAAACCUGGUGAUUUUUCCUUAGGACUCUUUACAAGUCUCUCGCUACGUAUGUAUCUUGUAUUAACGUUAACAGAUGCAGGGUACUAACAAUUAGAUUUCAAGGAUAUGGUUUUCCGAGAUUUACGUAUACAAGGUGUUGAAUACGCUAGAGCGAAAAGUAAUCUUGGAAAAAUGAAGAUUACUUUAUGCAGAUCGUUUCAUUUUGACUUAAAUCAAAAUUGACUAUGUUGCUACUUUUUACCGCUAGUAGUCAAAACUGCCACCACAUAAAUAAUAACACGUCAUUAUGCUUUACCGUAGAGUCAAAAUGAAACGAUAGUGUUUUGUUUUUACUGGAAAAGUCGUAAUUUCUGUCCAUUUUAUAAUCACAAUGUAAUUUUAUCACAUAUACGUUUCUACAAGAUACAGAAUUUUGGAUUAUUACAGACCAAUCCAUUCAUAUUUUCAUUUCACUUUGAAAAAAUGUAAAUAUUCAAUUUUUACAAUUUAAAUUGCCCACAUUUACUUUUAGAACUGAAUUAUUUAAGCGAUGAUUUUAAUUCACAAAUCAAGUCUAGCGAAAAAAAAAAAGAUAUGUGAAUAUUUUCGUGAUGUCUAAACGCUGUUAUAAAAGUCCCAAAAGUAUUCGACUUUCGUUCAUAACUCCGUAAUACUUAUAAUUGUUGGUCAUCCAGUUCAUUUUAUCCUUCGAAGUAAUCCUCAUUCGAUUUUUCAACACGCUCUUAUCGAGUUGUUCGGAAAUUAAGUUUUUCCAAUGGCCUUCAUGUCACAUAUGAAUGAAUUGUCACUAUGAUGUCGAAACCUUGCCCCUUUCAAGGCAUUUUUCAGUUUUGGAAACACGUUAAAGUCGCAGGUCGCCAUGUCUGGACUGUAUGAAGACUGAUGGAGUUGUGUAACCUUUUGUUUUCCCAAAAACUGUUGCACAACGUUCGAGGAAUGCGCUGGCGUAUAAUCGUGAUAAACCAAUUAGUCGCCACUCGUUCAAAAAUGGAACAAUUUUGUUGUCACUACUUUAUCUUUAAAACUCGUUGUUUAUGUUCUGACCUCUUGCAGCGUAUUCAUGGUGCACAAAAUUUUCAUAAUCUAAAAAAAAAUCAAAAAGGUCGCCCAGAUAGAAACUUCCGUUGUGAAGACUUUUGGAAUCGUGACAGUAAACCCACGAAUCGUCACCGUUAAUGAUCUCUUUAAGCAUAUUUCGUCUGAAUUUUCCAGAGCGAUUUGUUUAACCAAAAGUUUCUUAAAUUUUAUAUCUUCCGGUGUUGUUUUGUUGGAAAGUCGACCAGAACAUGGUCACUGUUAACAGACAUUAUUUUAAUCAUGUUUUGUUCAUACAUUCAUCUCCCAAUGACUUUUGCAUUUUAUAGUUCAAAGAAAAACUUCUGCAAAUUUGUUGAUCGCAUAUCUUCGCCAUUUUCAGCGAUAAACAAAAAAAUCAACGUAAACAAAAACAUGCUAUUGCAUGGUAACAUGCAUAUGUUUGGUAACAUACGCAGCAAAUUCAAGUUACUGAUUACGCUUGUAAAGAGAGCGCUGAUCCGUCUUGGCCUGAAGUUAUGAACGAUUAUCAGAUAAUUUUGUUAUACAUUUCGUAUUAACGUAAAAACGAGAAGAUUCAAAUACGUACCGAUUGUGUGGUGGAUGAUCUGACUCCCCUCAGGAAGAGUGGAACUCCCUAGGAAGAGUGGCUACAAUUAUAUGAUCUUAUUAGAACAUCAUCAUUGCAUAGAUGCAUACUCAUACAGGAAUGUCUCCUUGUUAUCUUGCUUAGUAGGACGAUAUUGUGUGCCAUUAGCCUUCAUUCAAGAUAAGUGCUAAUAUUUUUUGGACAUUUGUAAGAAUUUUAAGACAAAAAUAUAUCACAUCGUUGUUUGUGGUAUUGUUCAAAUGUAUUUACAAUCUUUACAAUCUCUUUCAUAAAUUCCAGAGUUCUUUGUAUCCUUAUAUCCUCAGAAUAUUACUUUUUUUACUUUGUCACCAAUCUCUGUAUAUUCUAAUCAAUUUACAUAAUAUUUUACACUACAAAUUAUUAAUUGAGAGUAUAUAGAUUCUAGAUGUACUCUAGAAUUGGUAUUCACGAAAAAUUAAAUGGAUUGCUCUGUAUAUGUUGCCUUUUUAUUUUUACUAUUUAUUUAUAUAUUGUUAAUAGAAUUAUAGGAUCGGAGAAAAUGUACUUAUUUUGUUUUUUGUUUUAUAUAUUUAUCUAGUCUAUUUUCAAGGUACAAGUUUGGCAAUGCAAAUUAAAAUGUGAACCAUCCGCAUUGUUAAAAAAAUAGUUAUAUUUUAAAAAUAUUCUAGAAUCAUAAAAAAUAUUCGAAAAAAAGAUAAUUUCUGUGUUAACUUUUUUACUUUCUUCUCUUUUUACUAUUCUCUUAAUCUUAGCUCUGUAUAGCUAAACAAAUACAUAAUAUGCAAAAAAUAAUGGACACAGUCCCUUAAUGUCAGUAAAGUUUUUUUAGUAAUUAUUUUUUAGACUGAGGGUGUGUAAAACAUAUAUUGAAACGACCAAAAUCUGUAGUGGUAGUGAUCCAGUUUAAAAUUUUGCUCUAGAACGCCAAUAAACCACGUGACCGCUGUGACAUCACAUAUUCUUAACACUGGCAAACAGUUAAUAAGGUGAUAUAAACUUUUUUGUAAAUUUUGUUAUAAAAGAUGAAUUGUAAGUUCUAUAAGUGUGUCUUCAUUAUGCACGUGCUCCCAGUAAAACAUACACGUUAAAAAUAUUUUUUUUAUGUUCCACGUUAUAAAAGUAAUAUUAAAAUGUGUCUUUAUCUGGCCUGCAUAUACCCAGCAGAUUGUGUACAGCCUAAAAUGUAUUUUUGUGAAGAUGAUUUUGAUCUAAGAUUCAAUAUUAUUUGUUUAUUUUUAUAUUAAAAGCAUUUAUUUUUCAAAGAUGAUAAUGGGAAGUUUUAGGUUAGACAUAAAGUAUACAAAGUUGUUUAAACUAUUUGCCUUAAUAAAUCUGAUUUCCAUAGUGCCAAAAAACUUCUUAAAAUUGUUUUCAAAGAUGUUUUAAUCUUUAAUCUCCAAAUUUCGAAGUAGUUAUACGGAAAUUAGUAUAACGUUAGCUGAACCACAUACAACGUAGUCGCUGAGAGCGAUAAUGGUAUUCCUUAUCAUGUGACUUGAGAUUUAAUUAUUAUAUAAUUGUUAACUAAAAAUUAAAUUCUUUAAAAAUAAAGAAAAACAUUGUGUUCAUUCGUUUGCGAUUGUGGAAACUACCAUUUGGCGGGAAGAUACUUUUUAAAACUAAUGUACAAAUACUUGAAUUCUUCAAGGAUAAUCUUUUCAAGAUCGUCUAACGAAAUAUACAAAAUUCGUUAUUUAUAUUUUUUCGUUAUUUAUAUUUAUAUAUAUAUAUAUAUAUAUAUAUAUAUAUAUAUAUAUAUAUAUAUUCGUUAUAUACAAAAGUUUAAUAGUUUUUUGCAACUUAAUUACAUAUGAAAUCAAAAGAUGUAUGAUCAUCAAUUUAAGGGGAGUGUCUUUUUGCAUAAAAGUAUUUGUAUUAUGUAAUUUGAGCAAAGGAAAUUGCAAUUAGUUACUCAAUCUUUUAGGAAGCCUGUCUUUAUUAUAACUAUAAUCAAAAUGUAAAAAGGCUCAUAUAUUUCUAAACAUAAAAUUUUCUGCCGUUGAUAAAUUUCCACCGUGACAGAUAUACUGUUACAGUAGAUUCUAAACUAUAUCGCAUGUCGGCGUUUGUAUCGAUUUAAAAAAAAUGCGCCUUUAAUCCGAAAUAAUUAAACAUCACUAAAAUGAGAUUUUUUAACUAAAUAAUGGUUUCAAUACAUUGUGUGAAAUAAUUUAAAAUUCGCUUAUGUUAAUCAAUUUGUCAUUUUUGUUCAUUGAUAUACAAGACAAAAUUUAAAAAACUAGUCGCAACUUCCUUAACAAAUUUUUUAUAGUGAAAUAUUUUAAAAUUAGUUAAGGUUGAGUUUACCGAAAGUACAAGCUGAAUAUAGCCUCAAAUGUCAAAAAUAUUUCGGCUUGGCAGUGUUGGCAGGUUUUUAUAAUGCAUAUAUUGUGCUUCAAAUAUAAAGGAGAUAAAGCUUUUAAAAAGUACACUUUGAUUAUACGAUUUUAUGAAUUCUGCAGUUUUUAAUUUAUAUGAAGCAGUAACGGGUAGAUAUUUGUCUCUUUCGAGAUUAAUUGCAAACAUCUGUUGUAAUCUGGCAACUGCUAAUUUGACGAUUGUCAAAUCUAUCCCCUAAUCUACCAAAGGGUAAUUGCUAAAAACAUUUCUAAUAAUUAACUGCAAUUAAUCUCUAAAAGAAACAAAUAUUUACUCAGUGUUGUUUUAUAUAAAUCAAAAAUUGCAGAAUGCAUAACAUAUAAAGCUUUAUAUUUUUAUAUUUGAAGCAUAGAGCAUCUACAUUAUAAAAACAUGCCAACACUGCUAUACCGAAAUUUUUUGUUUCAUGUUUGACAUUUGCGGCUAUAAUUAGCUUGUACUUUCGGUAAACUCAACCUUAGUUAAUAUACACGUUUUCAGUCAUUUUUAUUAAACGUUUCGACUUACCAAGUCGAAAAUUUAUUUGCAAUUAGUAAUGCUCCUAAAACAUAUCGAGAUAUCACACCAAAAAAAAAGUAAAUUUCUCUGUCUUGACUAGGAAAAUCAGAUAAAAAAAUCUUUGCAAGGCCAAUAAAAUCACAAACGCUUUCAUGGUUGGUAUUUUCUACAGAACUGGUAUUUUUUCGUGGUAGUCUUUAGCGGUCGAUCUUUUGGAAUAGUACAUUGUUUUCAAGAUUCGGAAUUCUUCUAGAUUUUCGUAAUCUGUCUCAAACUUAUGUAUACUUAUAAGUGGCGUGUAGUCUAACACAAUCCAUUUUUCCUCCUUGGAAUUUUAGAAUAGACAGUCAAAUGUGAGCUACCGAUGCAAAAUAAAAAAUGUACAUUGGUCCUUCUUGAUUAUUAACUACCAAAUAAAAAAAAACAUUUAGGCUGAUCAAGUCAUGAAUGCUUCCGUCACUUUUUCCACUGUUGAAGUGGCCAGUGUUGACUUUUCUUAUAGAACUUACCAUUUUUUAUUGAUUUCACAAAGAGUAGACUCAUCUAUUUUUGGACAAAUAAUAAUUUUUUAGUCUGUUAGAUGUUAGAAUGCUUGUUACCAAAACAAAGAAAAAAAUGCAAAAAUAUCUCGUUUUUUGUGAAAAACUGAAUAAAAGAAAUCUUUAUAUAACAGAGAUUAAGUUAUGGAUGCUUUCAUCACUAAACAUCACUUUUUUCUAGUAUUGAAAUAUCGCACUGUUGAUAGUUCUUACACAACUCCCCUGCUUUUGAACAUGUAAUCAUUUUUUCUCUAUUCAAUAAAUGUCAAACGAGACUUAUUACCAAAACAAAAAAAAAUGUUAAUAUAUCUCUUCUGUCUAUUAAAGACUGAAUAAAAGAAGUCGCUACAAUGUUAAUCACACCAUAAAUGCUUUCAUCACUAAACAUCACUUUCUUCUCUCAUUUUUUUAUUUCACAAUUGUUAAAAUUACUUAUAAAAUGAUAAGUAGAGAUUUUUAAGCCCUUUUAAAUUAAUUAAAAUCUUUGUUGAGCUACCAAACAAAAAAAAAUUAAUUUGCUCGUGGUUUCGAAAGAUUUAUUAAAAGAAAUUUCUACAAUCUGUCUAAAUAACGGAUAACAGGUAGCAGUGUAACUGAUACCUAUCAAAUACUGAAGUGAAGCAAGACUGAGCUGUGGAUCGUUUCGUCGAUCAGAGGAGAGGAGACCGGUAACAGAUGCGAAAGUACGUCAUUUCGCGCACGUCAUUAAUAAAGUGUGUUGUAUUUCUUACAAAACUUGCAAGUUUGCAUUUUAUUUGCCAUAUAAACGAUAUGAUGUUAAAAUUAAUUUGAAACUACACAUCGUACCACAAAUAGUAUAAUAUAAAGAGAAUUUCGUUGAUUUUGUGAGAAAUUGUACAUACAAAUUGAGUAAAAUUUAAAUGAGAUUAUGACAAAUACGUUAUUAUUUUAAAGUUUUAUAUCCCCAGUUAAAGGUACGUCUGUUUAAUGUUUAUAUAUCUUUAAAGGGUUUCGCUUAUGCUAUAGAAAGGAAAUGUGUCUAGAGUAUUUUUAAGGGAUGUUUCGCAUAUUGAUUUGCUUUGUGCACUUUAGCAGUUUAAAAAUCGUUUAGAGCGUUGUAGGUCAAAUAAUAUAAUGUACUUAUUUAUUACCAAACUGUUGAUAUUUUAGAUAAAAUUGUUAAUUUGGAUUUAGCAACAAAUAAUGCUCAUUUUUUAAAAGGCAUUUUUGUCCAGUUUUAAACUUUUAAUAAAUGUUUAAUUAUUUUGUCUCCUACCUCGAAAAAAAUACUAAAGCUUCAUAGUAUACCAAGUAGAUAGAGAUUUAUACAAAUUGUUACCAAGAUCUAGACAAAUCAAGCACGUAAUGGAAAAUUAUGAAUCUAAAUCGAACAAAAUAUGAUGUAAUAUACUUUAAUAAAGCUUUAUAUUAUGAAAAAAAUGUUCAAAGCACUAACUCAAAAUAAAAUUUGUUUGCAA